AUGUCGUCCGCCGAUACCGCCGCAGCAAAGAAGGCCGCUGGCCAGCUCCAGCAGGACCAAGCCGAUCUCAACAACUCGCAGGACCAAAAGCAGAGCGGUCACGCAGAGUUCCAGCAGGGCACGGGCAUCGAGAACGCCGACAAGGAGACCGGCGCAUCAGGAUUCGGCAAGGUUGCAGGAGCCAAGGACUACGUCAAGGACCAGGUCUCAGGCGGAAAGGACAACUAA